AAUAAACCACGGGUCUGGCAAACAACCUUAACAAACUUUCGUAAGAAAGUUUUUCCCGCUUGUUAACAGUUAAUAAGACAAAAAAACGUGUAGUAAAGCUUUUAGCUAAAGCGCGCACUAUAAAUUGAAUAAAUCACACAUGCGCCAAAAAUCGGGACAGGUAAUUUUUUGCUUUAGCAAAAUAAUCUUACUCUUGUCUUCUCCUUUGUUUAAACCAUCUAUCACAACUUACUAUCUUAAGACAACAAAUUGACCUUCGUGCCUGUUGAUUAGUAUUCCAAUCAAAUCUAAUCUGCCUCAUUUUUUCAAUUUCUCAUUUCAAUUUAGAUCAACAACUUGUCUUAAUUAUCUCCCUGGACUUUAUCUUCUCUGUGUUUAAGUGUAAAUACACAAUAAUAACAUUUGUAUCAGUGUCACCACCUGUUCGUAGAUCAGAUCAAAUUCAAUCGAUCUGCACACUGUAAGUACUUACGUUAUACAGGUAGUGUUAAAUUGUUAGUUAACUAAUUUUACCGCUUCAUUUUCUAACUGCUAUAAUAACAACAGACAAUUCCUAAUGGAUCAUAUUAAUGAAAGUGUUAACUGUAGUUUUGAUUUCAGUUAAAAUUUAACUUAAUUGUUUGAUAACCUUUACUGCUUUUUUAAAUUCUCGUUUCAAUUGAUCAGCAUGUUUUUUAAUUGGUGACUUACCUUCAAGUGUAACUUUUUAAAUUAACUCGUUGCAUGGAUUUAAAUCAAUCAUCAACAUCAACAUCAACAUCAACAUCAACAUCGCCACCGAUUAAUCAUUUUAUAAUUUUCUUGCAUCUCAACCCAUCAUUUUACUGUUGUUAAUUGGAUAAUCAUUAGACAAUUUAGAUUAUAAUUUUUAAGAGAAUUUACAAUUUUAUUGUAAUAAUUGUAUUUCUCUCUUAUUAUCUGUUCUGCUAUUAAUUAGGUGAAACAAUCAUCUUCUUUAGGUGCCAUCAUCGAGGAGAUUCCCGAUAAUUGGAAUCCAAUGGCAGAAGACGCGAAAUCUUAUUCCAAUAAUUAUCAAUACGACCCGACGGAUAUUGGAAACGUUGUCCAAGGAUUUAAAACCAAAGAUUAUCCUGGAAUAUGUCAUCAUUUUUUGAGAGGCCAAUGUAAAUAUGGUGCUGGUUGUGUUCAUAAACACGUUACACCUCAAGAACUUGAAGUUCUUGACACUGAAGAGGUUCUCGUGGACACUCUCGAACGAGAUAUUGUCAGAAAAGGUUGUAAAUUGGAUGUAACAGUUACCAGUUGCCUAAGUCCAUAUUCAUUUUAUGUCAGCAGAAGACAUAAUUCAUCAACAAUCCUUUGACUCUAGAGUUGGAAGAAAUUACGAUCUCAUUGAUCCAACUGAGAGAAUCUUAUUCUGAUGAGGGAAAUUGCAGAACUUAAUUGAAAGCCCGAAAAUAAGGAAAACAUGGUUAUUUUCCUUGCAAUAGGAAGUCUUAUUGCUGUUCGGGCUGAGCCAUUCUUCCGAGCAAAAGUCGUAGAUAUGAGUCUUGAUGAAGAUGAACUAAAAGUAAUGAAUAUCGACACUGGUGUCGAGUUGAUUGUUGAAAGACGUGAUGUUUUCACUCUCAAGCCAAAAUUUGCGACCUUACCAGCAUUCGCAGUCCACUGUGCCAUGGAAGUGCCAUCAGGAUUUUGUGUCACUGAUGAAGUCAUGCGUAAUUUCAGUGAAUUAGUACUCGGACAAACAUUCAAAGCGCACUUCAAGGAAAGGGACAUGGCAGGGAGAUUCAGGGUUGACCUCUUCCACUUUGAAGAACAAAAGGUUACAAUAUAUGACAACAAUCAAGUAUGGAUAUGAUCCACUUAUAAUUGUCUUACUGGUUUCAUCCAAAUCCAUCAUUGGACCUCAUAUGGACACUUCUCAUUAAAAAAAAUGAUUUGAUUCUAAGUUAUCAUCUCUCACUCAAUCUCAGUAAACAAAUAUUUUAAUACUGUCAAAAGAGAAAAUCUCCUUUAAAUUGAUUCAAUUAAACUAAAUUGACUGAUUAGACGACACUAAAAAUAAUCAACAUGUAAAUACCCUUGUAAACAUAAGAUAACUUUAAGAUGAGACUCGAGAAGAUCUUGAGUUCGCUCAAUUAAUUCUUUGUACAUAAGCUCAACUAAUUCGAGUUUUCAUUAUUGUAUAUGUUAUAUCAUUAUUUUCAUUAGCAAAGUAAUGAACCAUCAAAAAAUAUUGGAUCUCAGAUCAAUUGAAUUUGAUCUGAUCUGCGAAAAGGUAGCGACACUAAUUUUAUCUAAACUAAUUUCUUGUUUUGGUAGUUUGUGGGAGUUUUCUCUUUGGACUGAGCAUCAGCUUCCAAGACCCAAUCCAUUGAAUCGGUGAAAGCAUAAUUGGCCUUGACCAGAGCCGCAUUGACCAAAAUAUCUUUACCUUGGCCUAAGGCAUUAUCACUGUACCAAACAAAGACCGAUAAGUGUUCAUCGUAAUUACUUGUCGAUGUUAUUAUUCAUAUGAUUACUUAAUUGUUUCAUAUUAUCUCAUUCACCAGUUUAUCUCCAAUUGAAUCUGAUUUUUCUUUCAGUAUUGUCAAAAUUAAAUCAUUUGCAAAGAAA